AUGAAAUAUCGAGCUACAACUUCACUUGAGCCAAAGUGCAGCCUCUCAAGAGUCUGUCCACCCGACCAUUUUGCUUUACAUAUCAAGAGUGGAGCAGCUACUGUUGUCGGGCCAACGAUCUGUUUCGAUGAUAAAAUCAUCAUGAGUCAUGUGCUGAAUAACGUGGGACCAGGACUGAACAUUGUCGUGGUAAAUGGUGAAAAUGGAGUUGUAGAAAAAUUUGGCUAUCUUAAUAUGAAAGAUGGAAACCCAGAAGACAUCCUGUCAUACCUGAUGGGGAUUAAACCCAGAAUGAUUGUUUUGGUGGCCUCAUUUGACGAUGCUACAACAAAAAUGACAGAUGAAAUGAGGAAGUUAUUUGUUGGAAUGGGAAGCACUUUGGUCAUGUCUUUAAAACAUCGAGACAGCUGGGUGUUUGCAGGAAGAGCAGGGACAGAAAACAAAAGCCUCUUUGAGAAGCAAGUUGUUAAUGAUGAGAAAAACAACAUCUAUGAAGGAUGGCCAGGUGCGGUGGAGGUAGGCGGCUGUUUUUCCACGAACCGUAACUGAUGAACAUGAACCUUGAAGGACUCUUGUGAUGAACUGCAGAAUAUGACUUAAGUUUCUUUUUUUUUUUUUAAUGGCCUUUUUAAGACUUCCUUGUAAAAAUGAUG